AUCUACGUGCCUUGUAGAGAGAUUUGUAGCUAGCUAGCAUUCCAGCGCCCAGAAAUCUAAUACCAAUACCAAUCCGCAACUAUGUCAGCGCCCAUCAAAUUCAUAAUUGCUGGCUUCUGCCUGCUGGCCACCGCCUACAAUAUCCGAGCACAUGAACAUCAGCAUCUGCAGUGCUGGCACUGCAGCUCGAGCACCAUUGGCUCGGAGGACUUUUGCGAUGUGACCUUCCAGGAGGACAAUAUACCCACGGAGCUGAUCAAGGAGCGCAAUAUAAAUCUGCUGCGCAGCUGCAACAGCUCCAUUAACUCCGAUCACGAGCGUGCCGUUUGCCGCAAGACUGUCGAGGAGUAUAAUGGCAAAAUCGUUACCAAGCGCUUUUGCUACUACACCAACAAAUCGGAUCCCAUGGAGCUGUGCAAUGUGACUACCCCCGAGAAGAAUGUGCGCCGAAUAUUCUGUGAGGAUUGCCUGACAGAUCGCUGCAACGGCGCCGCCGGCCUCGCCGCCAUCUUUGCCGCCAUUUUGUUGCCCGCUCUGGCCGUGGCCAAUCAGUUAGCCAACUAAGAUAGCCACGUCGCUUCAAUCGUAUCUCUAUUUUUAGUUGGAACGUGAUAUUUUAUUUAGCUAGCCGAAAAGCUAAGCCAUUCGCUGAUUACCAUUAAUAUUUCACUUAGUUUAGUUAUAGGCGUAUUACCCUUUCGUAGUCCUUCGUAGUCUCCAUUUUAUGUUAAGUUCUAAUUUAAAGUUACUUUAUUUAUUUAGAGAAAUACUCAAGAGUGCAUUUCAUAAUUUGCUUUAAUCAUUUUUAACUCAAACUAUUACGACACUCAGAUAAGCAAAUUAGUCAAAUAGCUUAGCUUAGCAAUCGAAUAUUAACUACAACAACAGCAAGCCACGCUCUAUAAAUGAUAAAGUACCACAAUAAUAAUAAUAAAACUUACAAAGAAAUAAUGUUUAAGUGUACAAGUCAGAACACCGCAUGCAUUCUCCAAUGUAUUUAUCACAGUUGUAUAAACAAUAAAUCAGAC